GUGAUGGAGGGGGAUAGAGUUCUUUUAUUUAUUUAUUUUUGUGUGCAUUGGGUCUUUGUUGCUGAGCGCAGGCUUUCUCUAGUUGUGCUGAGUGGGGGUUACUCUUCGUUGUGGUGCGCGGGCUUUGUGGUGGCUUCCCUUGUUGCGGAGCAUGGGCUCUAGGCACGCGGGCUUCAGUAGUUGUGGCACACGGGCUCAGUAGUUGUGGCUCACGGGCUCUAGAGCGCAGGCUUAAUAGUUCUGGCUCAUGGGCUUAGUUGCUCCGCUGCAUGUGGGAUCUUUCCAGACCAGGGGACCAGGGCUCGAACCUGUGUCCCCUGCAUUGGCAGGCGGACUCUUAACCACUGCACCACCAGGGAAGUCCGGGGAUAGAGUUCUUUGUGGGGGUGGGUGCCUGCUACCUCCCCCAUCCUGGCUCGGAGCUCCGGGGGGUUCCCACCCUCUGCCACACUUUACAGAGAUGCACAUUGAGGCUCCACUACCCUGCUUCACAACUCCCCAGGGGCUGUCUUUUCAGCCCCUGCUGCUGACAUGGUGUCUACAUGUGCCUGCCCUUCCUUUCUCGAGUAGCUGGUCCCCCAGGUCUCUGUCCACACGACCUGGAUCACCGGAGACGGAAUCCCAGGCUUUUCUUUCCAUGGCCCUCCUACACCUGCUUCAGUACAGCUGGAGCUCUAGGCCUGCCUGCACCCCACACCCGUCUACACCUAUUCCUCUUCUACCAGGAGGGUGUUAGGGCUCAGACUCUACAACUUCAGUUGGCUGUCUUUGCCACCUGUCCCAAUUGCCAAUGUCCCACAUUGCCCAGCCCCCUCUCUGGAAGUCGCCUGUCCCCUGAGACUUAACGCUAGUCUGGUCCCUGACAGAGAUGUGGGUGAGUUCGCAUCUAAAUAGCCUAGCGCUUCUCCGCCCCCACCCCUUUCCUGGAAUCCAGAAGCUGCGACGUCACUUGCAGGUGUCGGCUGCCCCGCCCCUCCUCUCUCCGCCUUAAAGGGGUCGCGUCUCCCGAGGCUUCCCAGGGGCGUAGAUAGCACCUCGGCGGGACCCGUGAGGGCUCCGUGGCCGCGGUGCGGGAGGUGGGUGUCCGGAUCCUAAUCCUGCCCUUCUGGCGUGGUGUGGCUCUUGGCCUCCGUUUUCUCGGCCUGAGAAGUGGGGACGCCCGGAUUCCUCGCACUGAAGCAGGCGCUCAGGGGGCAUUUUCCAGGCCCGGGAAGGGGGUGGGGCAGCAGCCCAGAGGAGCCGCUUCACCCACCGGUUUCUCGGACCCCGCCCGCCCCACCCCCACGAUGACCGCCCACAUCCUCCUGCUGUUGCUCCUCGCCUCCUCCACCCUGGGGGACCCGGACUCCGCGGGCAGGCGGCCCCAGCGCCAGGUCUCCCAGCAGCACAGGCACCUCUGUUCACUGGGCACGUGCCAGACGCACCGCCUGCCAGAGAUCAUAUACUGGCUCCGCUCUGCCUCCACCAAGGAGCUCUCAGGGAAGGCGGGCCGCGAGCCUCAGGAUCCCCACAGCUAUGGGCGCCGCCGGCGGCGCGCGGCCAGACUCCUGCUGCGUCUCCAGGACCCCAGCCUGAGGCAAGGAGGCCAGCGCAGUGCCCGGCUCUCUGGGUGAUGUUGGGCACAUCUCUGCUAGUCCGCUGGCUUCAGUCUACCCAUCUGUGUAUCGGGACCGUGACCCCAAGUUUCUUUUCCCCUAACUCCACCUCCUGGGCUCUCCCCAGGCAGCGACUGGGCUGGACCACGUGCACACCGGACCCAGCAUGGACAAAGAAUAUUAACGUCCAGAGCUGAAUAAAACGAGAGUUCCAUGUU